AGGAGAUGACCAGAGACUGCGGACACAGUACAGGGAUGACCAGAGACUGCGGACACAGUACAGGAGAUGACCAGAGACUGCGGACACAGUACAGGGAUGACCAGAGACUGCGGACACAGUACAGGGAUGACCAGAGACUGCGGACACAGUACAGGGAUGACCAGAGACUGCGGACACAGUACAGAGAUGACCAGAGACUGCGGACACAGUACAGGGAUGACCAGAGACUGCGGACAGUACAGGAGAUGACCAGAGACUGCGUACACAGUACAGGGAUGACCAGAGACUGCGGACACAGUACAGGGAUGACCAGAGACUGCGGACACAGUACAUGAGAUGACCAGAGACUGCGGACACAGUACAGGGAUGACCAGAGACUGCGGACAGCACAGAGAUGACCAGAGACUGCGGACAGCACAGAGAUGACCAGAGACUGUGGACACAGCACAGG